AUGAAAAGGACAGACACUCUGAACAAUGACCUGGAGGACUAUUUUCGAAUCCACUUUGAGAACAAAAUCGCCAUCCGGCCACGACGAGAGGAUUGCGUCCUUGCGGCCUCUACCAGGCUGCUGGCCAAGAAACACGAGCUGGAGCAAAUCAACGACAUUCUGAGCCGGUGCGAGUUGCUGUGGGCGACCAAGCAGUACUUGGACAAGCGCGGGCAAAAGGACACCAAUGCUGUGAAGGACCAGCUAUCCAACAUGAUCCAGUACACGGAGAAUCGCAAUACAGAAACCCUGCGCCUCAAUAACCUGAUGUCAGAACUGCAGACGCACUACGACCAGGCGCAGAGGGAUGUCAUUAACUCGGAGAGCAACUGGACACGUAUCAAGAACACGGCCGCCAAGAAAACACUGUUGCUGGGCCAGAUCAAGAUGGCCAUCCACAACCUGUACCAGUUGUGCAACCGGUACCAUCAGGCGCGCGUUCUGGACCAGGAGGAGAUAGUCAUCUACAAGGAGUCGUCCGACCAGCUGCGUAUGAUCCGGGAGAUCAUGCAGGACAUAGUGGCCGUGUACCGAGAGUGCAUGCACGGCACAAAACAUGCACCGGUGUACUGA